AUGCUGCCUGAUGCUGCUGCUGCUGCUGCUGCUGCUGAUGAUGAUGAUGAUGAUGAUGAUGAUGAUGAUGAUGAUGAUGAUGAUGAUGAUGAUGAUGAUGAUGAUGAUGAUGAUGAUGAUGAUGAUGAUGAUGAUGAUGAUGAUGAUGAUGAUGAUGGUUCGAUCGCCGGACUCGAUGGUGUUCACCGUGUGCCCCACAGCAAAGUGAAGUAG